AUGUCCGGCUUAGACGUCGAAGCUUUGCUUGACGCCACGGCGAAAAGCUCGACCGAAAGCAAGCCAAAGACCACCGAGGUGGAAGAUCGUCCUAAUGGAGAUCGCCCAGAGCGCCGAGACCGCGACCGUGGCCGCGAUGGAAGCCGCGACCGCGACUACGACCGUCGACGCCGAGACCGCGACCGCCGCGAACGCAGUUCGACUCGAAGCCGCCGUGGCACACCGGAAGAACACAAGGCAUCCACCCCUCGGAGCGACGCUGGCAGCCACAAGAGUAGGCGAAGAAGCCGAAGCCGCGAUGAUGACCGCCGUCACUCACGUCGUCACAGAGGAGAUGGUGACUACUACAGAGGCGGACGCAGACACUCUCGUUCUCGUUCUCGCUCACCCCACCGCUCUUACCGCUCGUCGCGUGACGACCGUGACUACCGCGACCGUCGGGAUCGCUCUGAUCGCUACUCGGGGGACCAUCGCCGGGCAAGGGACGACGAUCGUAAUGAGAAUUCCAAGCGUGAGGCAACACCACAACUUACUGAAGAUGAACGGGACCGCCGCACUGUCUUUGUCCAGCAGCUCGCCGCCCGUCUUCGCACUCGCGACCUGAAGGCAUUUUUCGAAAAGGUCGGCCCUGUCAACGAGGCCCAGAUUGUCAAGGACCGCAUCAGCCAAAGAUCCAAGGGAGUUGGUUACGUUGAAUUCAAGAACGAGGAAUCUGUCACUCAAGCUCUUCAACUUACUGGGCAGAAACUGCUAGGUAUCCCUAUCAUAGUUCAGCUCACAGAGGCCGAGAAGAACCGCCAAGUCCGCAACUCCGAGACCGCUACCGGCGCACACCCAAACUCGAUCCCCUUCCAUCGACUCUACGUUGGCAACAUUCACUUCAACGUCACCGAACAGGAUUUGCAGGCUGUUUUUGAACCCUUUGGUGAACUUGAAUUUGUCCAGCUCCAAAAGGAUGACAAUGGACGCAGCCGAGGCUAUGGUUUCGUGCAGUACCGGGAAGCUAGCCAAGCCAGAGAGGCACUCGAAAAGAUGAACGGGUUCGACCUUGCUGGUCGCCCGAUCCGUGUUGGCCUCGGAAACGAUAAGUUCACCCCUGAGAGCACUGCCAACAUGUUGCAGAGAUUCCCUGGUCAGAACCAAGCGUAUCAAGGCUCUGCAUUCUCGGGUGCUGGCGGACGUGGCCCGCAGACAUCAGCAUUUGACCGUGCCGGUGGACGAGACAGCGAAAAGUCUGGUGGUGCCAGCGCCCUGGAUGACACCGAUGUUGCCGGAGUCAACUUUAACAACUACAGCCGUGAUGCCCUGAUGAGAAAACUUGCCAGGACUGAUGAAGCUUCGAACGGAGCAGAUGAGCGACAGGUUCUGAAGCCCAAGACCGAGAUUAAGCCCUUACCGGUCAACGUUAGCAUGGCUAGCCGAUGCGUUGUGCUGCACAACAUGUUUGAUCCCGAAGAGGAGGAUGGUGACGACUGGGCUAAAGAGCUGGAAGACGAUGUGCGACAAGAAGCCGAAAAGAAAUAUGGUCGUGUUGUACACAUCGCAGUCGAUCCUAACUCCAAGGGUGACAUCUACCUCAAAUUCGACAAGGUCCAGGGCGGCGAGAACGCCAUCAGGGGUCUCAACGGUCGCUACUUCGGAGGCAGGAUGAUCGACGCGUCACCUGUUGUAGAUGCCGUCUACAGCAGUUUGUUCUCUCGCACACGAGCGAUCUGA